GUUUGAACAAAAAUAGGACUGCAGUUAGUUGCAUAAAUGCAUUGUUACAAAAUGAAACAUCAAUAUUUACGAUUUCGAUGUUUACAAAAUCACCUAGCACCAUUUGCCGCCAUUUUACUAUUCGGCUUUUAAACACGAAACAUUCAUUGUAAUGUGAUUACCACAAAAUUGGAUUAAAAGUCACCAGACCGUUAAAAAAAAGUGAUUUGAAUAGAUCUUUUACGUCAUUCCAUCAAUGUGAUUUCACUUUCACGAAACUUUCAUGAGAACCUAAAUCAAAUCGUAAUAUGUUUUUAAUUGUGAUUUUUAUUUUAAAAGCAUUGUUUUGCAAUUUAACGGAGAGUUCGUUGAAGACUUUACAAAAUGCGACCAAGUACGACCUGGGUGACCAUACGAUAGUGUCGAGCAGCUAUGUGUUUCCUUACGUGGCGGCCAUUUUGAAUAAAUCUAAAUACCUGUGCGCGGGAGCAUUGAUAGACGAGUCUUGGGUUCUGACGGCUGCGGAUUCAGUGUUAUUAUUCCGUGAUUCUCUAAGACUGAUCCACGUUCGUCUUGGAAGCAUCAACAAUAAGGCGGGCGGUAGACUACUGCCGAUAAAGCUAAUCGAAUUUCAUCCUUAUUUCGAUGACCAAAAGCCUGAGUUUGACAUAGCACUUAUCCAGCUGGCUCAUAGAGUGAGACUGACUCCGAAUUUGAACCCUAUCAGAUUGCAGCGGAAACCAAAAAAGGUUAUGGCCACCCAUUUCAUAGUCACUGCGUGGCCGGUGCAGCACACCAGCUCUGCAGAACUAUAUAAAUUGGCAUCAGUACAAGACAUAGAGCGCAGGCGCACGUUGCAAGUCGCGCACCUGCACCCUACGAAGCCAGAGCAGUGCGCUCAGGAGCUUGAGGAGCUCGGCUUUUCGAAGACUAAUAUCCUGUGCCUAGACCAGAGCGUGGGGAUCGAUCCAUGCUCAAGAGACGUCGGCGCCCCAGUGGUCCUGAACGGCAUCCUGUGGGGCGUGGUCUCCUCAUGGGCGCCCGAGGACUGCGACCUGCUGCCGGCGCCCACCUUCGUGACGCUGGCGUCCGCACCCAACAUCAGCUCCUGGAUACACGCCACGAUGCGCGGCGUCAAGUGGCACAAGUGGAUUCUCUUUGACACGGAUUAUGAGGAUUAUGAUGAUAUUGAUUGAGUGGCUGUGAAAUGAGUAAAUUUAUGGAUGGGUGUAAGCAAUAAUCUCAUGGUUAACUUUUUGCUGUUUAUUAUUAAAAUGUGCUAUAAUUUAAUGUAUGCUUCUCAUUUGACUUUGUGCGACUUGAGGUCUUGAUGUCGCACGCUCAAGGUCUAUUAGACUAGGUGGUGACCCAUUGAAAA